AUGCAGGUUGGUCCAUGGUCAUAUCCGUUGGUACCUGGGCAGACGCCGGUGCUGAAAAACGAUUUUGGCGCGUACGUGGUACCAAAUCCUUCUGCUGAGCAUCCGAAUAUGUUCGUUGGCAUAUUGCUUCCGAAGGAUUUAGACAAAAAGGAUGAAGAGGACUUUUAUGCAAUCCUGAAGCAGUAUACGGAGGUGCGAACGCAAGAAUUGUCACGUUCUAUGAGUAAAGCGGAAAGAGAGCAUCUCAGCCAGAAAAUUGGCGAU